AUUCCCCAAAAUAUUAAAAACCUCCAGUCCUCGUCUUGAAAUUUGGCGCCUCAGUUUUUCCAAAAUCUCACUGAAUAGCGACGACGAAGCGAAUUCCUGUGGAGAAAUGGUAUUCCUCCACCAACAAAAUCCCUCUCGCAAGAGGCCUUCGGCCUCAUUUGUCCCCCUUUUACUUCCUUCCAAAACCCUCAAAUCUUCCGACGACGGUGUUGAUGCAGUCGAAAAGAUGGUGUCCAUCUUGGCUGAAGGUGGUUGUGCGUUGGUAAACCCGUCAGGCCCACUCUGCCCGGACCACCACAAGCUCCGCUGUCAUCUCUCCUCCCACUUUGCUUCUUCUUCUGACGAUCGCUCGCAUUUUCUCUUAGGCUUCUCUUUUUACAUUCAAUCUCCCCAAAAUCUUCUCAGGGUGAUUGCUUCUUCCAAUGGCGGUAGUCCUGUUUCCAUAAGAAAUGACAGCUUAGUCCGACAUCUGUUGCUCGUACCGUCCAUCCAACUAGAUGUACAGAACAUGCUACUCGAGAAACUUCCUGAAUAUUUUGAUGUGCCGGCCUCAUUGCCUCUUGAGGAGGAUGUUGCUAGGCUCAUCAUUAAUCAAUUUCGGUGGCUGGAUUUUAUUGAGGAUCCCAAUGCCUUCACGGACAAAUUGAUGCAAGUUCUUUCCAUUUGUCCUCUAGACCUAAAGAAAGAGAUUAUUGGAUCGUUACCAGAGAUCAUUGGUGAUCAAAAUAACAAGACUGUGGUUGACUCCCUUGAACAGAUGCUUCAAGAAGAUUCAUCUGUUAUUGUACCUGUGCUCGACUCUUUUUCCAACCUUAAUUUGGAUGUGCAGUUGCAAGAACAGGUCAUAACGAUAGGAUUAUCCUGUAUUAGAGCAAUUGAUGCAGAACACAUGCCAUAUCUGCUUAGAUUUUUACUUCUUUCAGCCGCACAAACAAAUAUCAGGCGAAUAAUCUCUCAGAUCCGUGAGCAGCUAAAGUUUGUUGGAAUAUCAAAUUCUCGUGGAACAGAAUGCAGUAAACUUAAAGGGAAGUUAGUUGUUGACAAUAAAGAGGCAUCUAUUUUAGAUGCCUUAAGAUCUAGUCUUUGGUUUAAGAAUAUACUGUGUCAGGAGAUUUUGAAAGAAUUGAACUGCCUUGAGAAUCCUCGAGAUCACAAAGUCAUAGAUAUAUGGUUGCUUAUGCUCAUACACACAAACUGCAAUUCCAUGAGAAAGAGCAUUGAGAAGAUCUUUAAGAAGAAGAUUAUUGAAGGCUGCAUUCAGGAAGUUUUGCUUGAUCAGUGCAUUUGUGGGAAAAGGGAACUGGUACAGGAAUAUUUUCCUUUCUUCCUUUCUUUGUCUGAGUAUUUACUGGCGUGCAAAGAACAAAAAGCUAGGGAGUUUGGAAUUCACAUCUAUUCUAGACUUUUUGAGGAGUUUGUUGAUACUUAUUCUAGACAGGAACUUAUGGUUUUUCUGGCAAGCAAACAUGCUGAGGAAUUGAUACCACUCUCUUCUCAUAUAAAUGGACUUUUGGAAUACUUGGAGGGAUUUACCAUGGAAAAUCUCCAUAUGGUUUAUGAGGUCUUCUGCAAUAUGGCUCUAUCAGCUAGCUCUAGUACUGGCUCUUUUAGAUUGUCCAUUGCCAAUGAGCUUUUGAUGAUAGUACGAAAGCAGGUCAACCAUCCAGAUCUAAAGUACAAAAAGAUGGGUCUAAUUGGUGUUUUGAAAAUAGUUUCAUGCCUUGCAGAUGGGGUUAAUAAGUCCUGGUCAUCACCAUUUCAGAAGUCAAACUCUGAGGAGGCUCUGGAACUCUUGAAAAUAUCUCUAGAAUCUUGCAAACAGUUUGUUUUACCACUAAUCUUCUUUUAUGAUGAAUUGACCACAUUGCUGGAAUGUAGAGUACUUCAGCCAGCCAUCAUGGAGUGGAUUGGCAAGCAUGUUGGAGACUUUGAAUCCGUAUUUCUGUCUGAUCUUGAAGCUGGGCAGUUGCUUAACAAAAACACUUAUGUUGGUUUAGAAGGAGAGCUAUGGAUGAACUUGGAUGGUGAAAUAUCUCCUAUUUGUCUGAACAUUCUGCCAUUGGCUUCCUCUUCUUCACAAUCUGAUUCCUUGCAAUUUCUUCCAGCAUACUUCUCUUUAUUAUCUACUUUUGAAAGGGUGACAAAUCAAGGAUCUCUUGGAGGAAUUGAUGCAUUACUUGGCUGCGCUUUGCACCUUCCUUCCCCUAAGUAUUUCACUGCUACUGGAUGGAAGUCUCUCUCAGGAAAGCAGAAACAGAUCAUUUGCCUCUCCCUUUACUACGCUGUGAAUUGGAUCCGAGAACUGCUUAAUGCCUUCUGCACACAAGUGGCUGGAAAAUUUAACUGUACAAGUCAGGCCACAAAAGAAGACAUAAUUUCCAAGCUACUAAAGAGAUUGACGAACCUAGUAUUUCUGGAAAGCUUGUUAAAUCAUUCAAUCAGAAUGUAUCCUGUAUCUUUGCCUCAGCUCCAUCUUCACAUUGAGCAUUCUGUAUCAUUACUCCUAAGCCAACCAAACCAUAUUGGGCAUCUGGAGGAGAGUGAGAUUAGGAUGAAAUAUGUAAAUACAUCCUCAAACAAAAGAAAACACGGAAAGAUCUCGAAGGCAUCAGUACAAGCUGAUGCAGAAGGAAAAAACAGGCAGCCAACGUUAUUUGAUGUGUUAAGAAAAGCAGGGAAGUUGGUGAACCAGGAGGUGCAAAAUGAGGUUAUAUCUAGAUUAUCCUCAAUAGAGAAGAUAUCAGAGUCAGGAGAUGAGCGAAGUUCCAUUUCUAAUGAACCAGAACCCAUAGAAAUUUCUGCAGUUAGUCAAGCUUUGGAAGCACAGAGAUUUAGGUUCAGGCCUCUUCUAGUGCAUUGCUUUUACAUUCUGACAUUUUCGAAGAAUCACAAUUCCUCUUCCUCGGACCCUGCAGCUGAGCUACCCAUGUACCUGUACCUUCUCCAUGAUCUUCACUACAAGCUGGAUUACUUUACUUAUUUGGGUAAACAAUUGUCCUCCAGAAGUAUCAAUUCUGUUGGUUUUACCAGGAUGACAGUGGAUGAGUUCCUAAGUAAUAUUAGAUCUCUCUUUCCAAGUCUCAAGAGCCUUUUAAAUAGUGCUCUUGGAAUCCUUAAAGAAGGUGAUGAAACUUGUCAAGAACAUUGGAAAUUUCAAUCUGCUGCCGCUGGGAACCCAGAUAUAAGCAACCAUGUGAUAUCAAAACCUUCAGUCUCCACCAUGGUAUUCAAAGAAGUACUUAAUGGUUUUAGUAAGAUGCUAAACCUUCAUGAUGUUCAGAGGAAUGAAUCAGUUCUUUCAGAUCUUCUUGAAGCUUUUCAAUCCAUCAAAACACCAGAUGAUGUUGCUUCAUAUGGACAAUCUUUUUCUUGUGGAGCAAUUGAAUCUUUAUAUAUUGGUGCUUGUUCAUUUGUGGAAAGUGUCCUAGACACAGCAUGUUCUUUGUCCUUUACUCUGGCAUCAGAAUCUCUGUUUACUCUGGAAUCAGCUGUUACAUCAGUUCAGAAAGUCUUCAAGAAGUCAGAGGCUAAUAGCAAAAGCAUGCAGUCUAAGUUCAGCCAGAUCCUUCCUGCCUUACGUCAGAGGGUUGAAACUUCUGCUCAUAAACUGCUAAAGCAUAAUUGGAAUGAUGAAAAUCUUGAGAAUGGCUGGAAGAACAAAGGAGAGAUUGUUCAGAAGAUAUUAAGGAUUUACUUGGAAUAUAGUGAGUCAACCUCUGAGUUGGUAGUUGAACUUGCCUGCUCUAUUUUCCCACAGGUUUCUUCACAACAAAACUUGGGAGAAGAUGAUCUUCAUGGUUUCACAACUCUUUGUUCUGCAACAUUUCUUCCAUGGUAUAGGGUGCUGUUUGAAGUUAACCUUACAAUUCUCAACAAAUUGGUAAAGGAAGUUCAUUCAGAAAAAUCUCUUCCUGGUGUUCAACCUGAGAAUGUGGAAACACAUUUAAUUGGUAUGCAAAAGACUGUUAACGUCACAGUUGCACUUGUUAACAUGUCCAGGACUUGUAACAGGGUUACUGUGCAUGCCUUGGCUGUAAAGUAUGGUGGAAAAUUCAUUGAUUCCUUCCUUAAAGCUUUUGACUUUUUAGAGGUUCACUUUCAAGCACAUGAUGAAGCCAUAAUUCUCCUGGUGAAGGAGCUUCAAAAGGCUACGAGAACAAUACAGACCCUCUGCUCUGAAGCAAAGGGCUCGAAACAAAUGGCCAUUACUAGUAAAAUUCCUGCUACAAAGAGAUCAUUAGAACGGUUUUUGUUUCGUGUCAAGGCUCUUCUACAUGCAACGUCUAGCCAUUGUACUUUCUGGAUGGGCAAUCUAAAGCAUAAGGAUUUGGCAGGCCAAGUGGUUAGCUCACAGGUAUACAUAGAUGAUCAAAAUGAUAUUGUUGAUGAAGAUCCAGAAGCAGCUAUUAAUGAGGAUGAAACUGCUGCUGUCGCUAGCUCUGACAGAGAAACAGGAUGAGAAUUCUCUAUUGUUGAAAAUAUCACUCUUACGAAAGCUAAAUAUUGAGGUCAGGUUCUAGUACUACCCAAAUGAUUUAGCUGUGCAUUCAUCUUCAAGAAGUUCAUUAUAGUACUAGACUACGAGUGCUACUGACAUUUAUAUCCAUGACCAUGACUCAUGGUUGCAUCCAUCUAGAUUGCGGUGGUUCUAACUGCAAUGGUUAAUGAAAAAGAUAAUGUUAAACUGGAAGUUUCCCACUUACACCACGGCUGAUAAAUUAUGCUAGGUUGU